AAUAACCACGUGGACUGAGACGAUACGCGAUAGAGGCAACAAGACAACGAGCUGGUCUGCAACUUUCCCUGUGGGACUUUUCUUGGUAUUCACGAGCUGUCGUUUGGCUUGUAGACGUGCACAUCAUGGCAUCUAGGGCCAGGGCUGUCAUAAACACCGCUCCCAGGGAGCAAAUUGAGGGCCGGGUGCACAAGUGGGAGCGGCGAUGGGUUGUGCACAAGAAGGGUACGCAGAAGCAGGAAGUGCAGCUCGAGUUGCUGCGGUGGAUCCAGACAGAGGAGCGGUGCCCAGAUCUGCAGGGGCCACGCUUCCCGCACAUCAAGCCGGUGGAGAAGCCAAUCAUCCGGCAACCCAAACCCAAAGGUGCUGCGGCGGCAGCUGCUGCAGCCGCGGCUGCUGCUGCAGCCCCAGCGGCGCAGGAGGAGGCCGCGGCCGCGACCGCGACCGCCGCCGCCGCCAUAGCUGACACUGAGGUGAUUGAGGUAGACGCAGCAGCUGGGCCAACUGAAGGGAAUGCUCAGGCAGCUGACACGGCCAUGGCCGAAGGCGCGGAUGCUGACGGCGAGGCGGGGCCUUCGGCAUUGGCGCAGGCUGAGGCGGCUGCUGUAGCAGGGGCCGUGGACAGCGAGGCCCAGCCAGCGGCCGAGCUGCAGCCGCCACAGACAGAGGCGCCCGGGCAAGCAGGAGCGGGGCCAGCCCAGGCGGAGGAGGGCGCGAACGGCGGUUAUGGCGGUGGGGAACUGGCGGACAGUGCGGCGGAGGCGUCAGGGCGGCAGGACGCAGGGGACGCGAGGUUUGCGGCAGAGGUGGAGGCGCCAGCAGGAACUGGGCAGGCAGCGGCGGCGGACUUAGCAAUGCAGGAGACGGAGGGCGGCGCGGGCGAGGCGGAGGGCGGGCAGGGUAGGGCAGGGGAAGAGGUGGCCAUGCCCGAUGUGGGGCCUACUGACUGAAAGGCCGGCUUUGUUUGCACUAGGCAGGGGAGCCCUGGCACCAGGAGUGGAACACGAGGGGUUGAAGGCGGUUGUGCUGUCCGUAUGCUCAAGUAAAAUGGUUCAGGAGGGUCACUGUUGGCUAAGUCAAGCCAGAGAGGUGAUGGGGGAGGUUUGCGGGUGACCGAGGUGGUAAGCCCGCACCGGUAGGCUGCGGCCUGUGUCUGGGCAAUGCGUCAAGGCUACAGGCGCAAUUAUACCCGAUGUAACACAUCAUCGGC